AUGCCUGAACCAGCGAAGGCCGCGCCCAAGAAGGGCUCCAAGAAAACCGUCACCAAGACUGCCGGCAAAGGAGGCAAGAAGCGCAGAAAGUCCAGGAAGGAGAGCUACGCUAUCUACGUGUACAAAGUCCUGAAACAGGUCCACCCUGAUACCGGGAUCUCCUCCAAGGCUAUGGGCAUCAUGAAUUCCUUCGUCAACGACAUUUUCGAGCGUAUCGCUGGUGAGUCCUCUCGUCUGACUCACUACAACAAGCGCUCCACCAUUACCUCCAGGGAGAUCCAGACCGCCGUGCGCCUGCUGCUUCCCGGUGAGCUGGCCAAGCACGCCGUGUCCGAGGGUACCAAGGCCGUCACCAAGUACACCAGCUCCAAGUAAAGCGCCUUAGUCGCUCUGGCAAACCAACGAAGAAACAGCAACAUCAUGCCUGAACCAGCGAAGGCCGCGCCCAAGAAGGGCUCCAAGAAAACCGUCACCAAGACCGCCGGCAAAGGAGGCAAGAAGCGCAGAAAGGCCAGGAAGGAGAGCUACGCUAUCUACGUGUACAAGGUCCUGAAACAGGUCCACCCUGAUACCGGGAUCUCCUCCAAGGCUAUGGGCAUCAUGAACUCCUUCGUCAACGACAUUUUCGAGCGUAUCGCUGGUGAGUCCUCUCGUCUGGCUCACUACAACAAGCGCUCCACCAUUACCUCCAGGGAGAUCCAGACCGCCGUGCGCCUGCUGCUUCCCGGUGAGCUGGCCAAGCACGCCGUGUCCGAGGGUACCAAGGCCGUCACCAAGUACACCAGCUCCAAGUAAAGCGCCUUAGUCGCUCUAGCAAA